AUGAGACUUGAACGUCAAAGAGGGCGAUUUGCAGGAUUUUCCCUUUAUCUCUCUAACUCCACAAACAAAGAGGAAGGUUACCGCUGUUUCAUAGACGGUCAAGAAUUACCUCCCCUAGAUUUUAAUACAACAUGUAUUGGUCAUGCACGUUACGUCAUCUACUAUAACGAACGACUUCCUGAUAGUGAAUAUCCCGACGGGUAUCCUGAAGGUUUCGAACAAUCUUCUAUUACAGAGUUAUGUGAUGUAGAUGUACAAGGUUGUUCUGAAAGUGGAAUGUAUGGUCAAAAUUGCAAUCAUAGAUGUCCAGAACAAUGCCAAGAAAAAAGAUGCCAUAUCUUGGACGGAACAUGUCUUGGAUGUAAACCUGGAUGGGUCGGGGAUCUAUGUAGUAAUGAGUGUCCAGUUGGGAAAUAUGGACUCGAAUGUAAACAAACUUGUGCUGGACAUUGUAAGGACAAUGCCAACUGUGAUGGUGUAUUAGGUCAUUGCAGUGGAGGAUGUGCUUCUGGUUGGACAGGGACUUUGUGUGAUAAAGAAUGCCUAGACGGAUCAUAUGGUGAAAACUGCGUGUUCAGCUGUAGUGGACACUGUCUACAUGGAAAACCUUGCAAUAAAAUCUCCGGAAAUUGUGACGAAGGUUGCAGUCCGGGCUAUUUAAAUGGGAAAUGUGAUCAAAUAUGUGAGUCAGGACAUUUCGGAAACAAAUGCACAGAAGUUUGUAGUACUUAUUGCUUUAAUGACAAAAAGUGCAAUCAUACCACUGGACACUGUGAUAUAGGAUGCAAAGAUGGAUAUGUCGGAGAAAGGUGCGAUAAAGAGUGCAGUAAAGGCCACUAUGGACCAAAAUGCUCCCAGAAUUGCAGCGGUACCUGUUCUAACAAUUCCUGUUCCAAUGUCAAUGGUAAAUGCAGUUAUGGGUGCGAACCAGGAUAUCAAGGCUUCAAUUGCUCCAACGAGUGUAGUUUACAAACAUAUGGGGAAUAUUGUGGAAAAGGUUGUAGUAAACGCUGUGUACACAAUGAGACAUGUAACCACGUGACUGGUGUCUGUGACAAUGGCUGUGCAAACGGAUUCAUUGGUCCUUUGUGUAAAGAAGAGUGUACGGAUGGUUACUUUGGUAACAAUUGCUCGUCAACGUGUCCAGAGAACUGUACAAAAUCUUGUGAUCAUGUUAGCGGAAUGUGUCCUUGUUCGUCAGGAUGGCAUAGUGAAACUGAUUGCAAAAAAGGGGAUGAAAUAAGAGGAAGAGGCAAAUUUAGUAACAGAGAGGAGGACACGUUAACUGUUGAACUAUCAGUUGGAACGAGCAUACUCUUCUUGAUAUGCCUUCUAUCAGCCAUUCUCUUCCUUCGGUUAAGAAAGAAAUUGAGAAAAGAUAAUCAGAUCGAAAACCAAGAAUUGAUCAUACAUCCGACAGAAGAGAGAAGAAAGUCAUUUCCAAUGCAUCGAACUACAACGUUCGAACAAGAUAUAACAGGCAGUGUUCCAACAACACCACUUCUCAAAGACCCUGGAUAUGCAAAUGACCUAAGAGGGGGACUCUCACGUUCAAACAAAACCAUAUCAACAAAAGAUUUGGAAUGCAUAUUAGAUAAAAUGUCUCAAGACGAUGAUGCUGCAUUCAAAAAUGAAUAUAAA